AUGAAGGCUCUGCAAAAACGGUUAGAGAUUAAUGGCGGAACAAGACGCAGCACAAGCAAUCCAAAGGAAGGGCAAGUUUUGGAGGAAGAGCAGACGGUGGUGGAUCUUAGGGAGGAAAUUGAUGAAGACAGUCAACUGUGGAACAACCAUGCUAUAAUCGCAAGAAUCAUCGGCCUUAAUUGGUCUCGGAAAAACAUAAAAUUGUGGGUGGCAGAGAGUUGGGGUAACCGUGUUGUUAUCAAAUUUAUCCCAAAGGGUUUCUUUGUGGUGUUGUUUGAAGAUUCAACGGAAAGAGAGCGCAUCCUCAAUCAAGAGAUAUGGUAUGCAGAUAAGCAUGCGGUAUAUUUACAACCUUGGAAGCCCAACUUCAAUCCAAUCCCAUUGUUAGUGUAUUCAAACCCAAUAUGGAUAAACAUGUAUAAUCUGCCAAUAGAGUAUUGGGGAGAAUCCUACUUGGGAAAGAUAGGCAGGACGUUGGGAUCGGUGUUAGAAAUCGACUUCGAUGAUGAGGGAGAGCUUUGCAAAUUGAUUAAAAUCAAAGUUGCGGCAGUUAAAAAAAUUCCUGAAUAUAUCUGUUUACAAACUUCAAAUGGAAUAUGGAGACAACGUCUGGAAAUUGAAAAAGAAAGGAGAGUUUGUUCUAGAUGUGGUAACAAAUCGCACGGUAUAGAGGAUUGUAGAAUGUUUGUUAGGAGGGCCAAGAAACCCAUUAGGAACCCAGAGCAACUGUGGAGGAAAAAGACAGAGAAAACGGUUAGGGGUUCGGAGGCUGAGCUUAAUACAGAAAAUUCUGAGAGAAAUAAAGAAAAGGUGGGAAAUUCAUCGGCAGAGAUUGCAGAGGAAAAUUUGAAUGCGAAGAUUAGGCCUAUUGAAGAGAUUAUCUCUCAAGUUGGAGGUGAGGGAUCCUAUAAAGAAGUAGUGAUGGGAUCCAAGGACGGAGGGGUUGCCUUUUCGCCACAUAAAACAUUUAAUAUGAACAAAGGUUUAUCAAAUACGGAAUUUGAAUUGGAUAAAGAAUUUGUCGAAGAUUGUGAUCAAGAGGAUGCAUUGGAAAAUGUUGAUCCAAGAUGCAUUAGCCAAUCGGCGAACGUACUCCUGGGAAAGGGCAAAGGUUCCAGGGGAAGGAGAAGCAACUGUCAAAAGAGAGAAGAAAGUGCCAAGGAGAAAGGAAUUGAAACAAAGUUCAAUGAAGAAAAGCCCUCCAGUUUCAUUACUUAUUGUAAAGUUUGGGAAGGCAUCUUUCAAGAAGCUUCAGGGGCCGCUGGUGGAUUGGGAGUCAUCUGGAAUCCUGCGAAAGUCAGAAUAACCUUGUUGGAAAAGGCAGAACAUUGGAUGAUCUGCUCUGUCUUCAGCUUUAAGGAGGAAUUGAACUUUCCACUAAUUAAUGUCUACGGUUCAAUCAAAACAUCAGAAAAACAGGAGACAUGGCAAACUCUCACAAACAAAAUGAUGGUAGUUUGUAACAAUAAGAUAGUAGUGGUUGGCGAUUUCAACGCCUUGCUUGAUCUGGAUGAGAAAAAAGGAGGAUUGAGAAUGUCAAACAAGAUAAUGGAAGAUUUUAGAGAAUUUGUAAUGCAAAAUCAUUUGAUGGACGUAGUUCCUAAGAAUAGAUCUUUCACCUGGACAAACAGAAGAGCCAAAUUUGCACAUAUUUUGGAAAGGUUGGAUAGGCAUCUUAUUGGUGAAGCCUGGUUGGAGUCAUCCUUGCAGGUAGAAGCUUUAAUUCUCCCUAUAUCACUCUCAGAUCAUUUUCCAGUUGAACUCAAAUUGAGUGAAGCAUUUAACAAAGAAAGAAGCAGCUUCAAAUUCCUAAGUAUGUGGUGGAGAGACCCAGAGUUUUUAACACUUCUUAAGAAAUGGAAGCUCUGGAUUAAAGAGGGAGAUGCAAACACGAAAUUUUUCCACGCAUCUGUUAAAUCAUUCAGUUCUAAGAACAGAAUUUCUAGAAUUACUGGUCUAGAAGCUAAGUUGCACUCUUCCCCAGAAGCCAUAGAGGAGACAGCGAUUAGCUUUUUCAAAGAUCUGCUGGGGAAUGCAGUUGUUCAAAAUUCGCAGUCCCAAUUUAUUGCGGACUUCAUCCCAAAAGUAAUUUCAGAGGCUGAUAACCGAUCAUUAUGUUGUCCCUUUUCACUUGAUGAAGUUAGAAAGGCGGUCUUUGAUCAACAUCCUAUCAAAGCACCAAGUCCAGAUGGGUUCACAAUGGAAUUUUAUCAGAGAUGCUGGGAAUUCAUGGGGAAUGAUAUUCUCAUAAUUCUGGAAGAUUUUAGAAAACAGGGGAAGUUCGUCAAAGAGAUUAAUCACACGAACAUUGCUUUAAUUCCGAAGAAACGAGACGAAGUGCUAGGCAAGCAGAUCAAAAAUAAAGUGGAUCAAGGUCUUUGGAAAGGGUUUUCAGGCAGCGAAAGAUUGUGUCCGGGGUCCCACUCUCAAUUCACAGACGAUACCAUUCUCUUUGGCUAUGCAUCGGAAAGAGAAGCUCUAGUCAUUGGCAACGUAUUGGAAGCUUACGAAAAGGAAUCUGAGCAAAGCAUGAACAAACAAAAGUCCCAUAUUUACUUUUUAAAUUCUAGUAAGAAAACGCAGGAGAAAAUAGUCAGAAUACUGCAAUUCGGCCAAGGUGCAUUCCCGAUCCAUUACCUCGAAAUUCCCUUGUUCGCAGGCAAAGUAGACGUUAGGCUAUGGGAAGAAGGCUCCUCAAAAGGCAUUGUCGACAAUGGAUGGACUAUUAAAAAGGUUCAUCUGGGAAGAGGCGAAGGAUGGAAAAAAGAUUCCGUUAAUAAAUUGGGAAACAGUCUGUAUGUUGAAAAUGGAAGGUGGAGCGGGUCUAAGGAAGAUGAACUUGCAGAUUUUGGCGUUGGGGGCAAAGUUGGUUUGGAAGAUGUACAAUAG